CUACAACACCACUACAUACACAAUGAUGAUAAUCCCCCUUCUAGCAGCCCUGGGCCUCGCCCACGCCGCCAGCAUCGACCACGACAAAGUGCGCCCUCUCCCGCAAACCAUCCCCGAGGGCGCCCAAGGCGAGCUCUACCUAGCGUAUCAGCCGCGAUUGAACGUCGUCAAUGGCUGCGUGCCGUAUCCUGCCGUCGACGCGGAGGGGAACACAGGAGCAGGCCUAAAACCCACGGGCCCCACAAACUCAAGCUGCACCACCAGCGAAGGCCAAAUCUACGUGCGCGCGCGCACCGACGCCGACAGCACCCGCACAGCCCUCAUGUACUCAUGGUACUUCCCCAAAGACGCAGCGUCCCCGGGCUCCGGCCACCGACACGACUGGGAAGGCACAAUCGUGUGGGUGAGCUCGCCGACCUCCACAUCGCCAGAGAACAUCGAGGCAGUUUGCCCCUCCGCGCACGGCGAGUGGAACUGCGCGACGAAGGAUGAGUUCUCGCUGGACGGGACGAACCCGCUGAUUGAGUAUCUGAGCCGUUGGCCGCUGAAUCAUCAGAUGGAUCUUACGGAGGAGGUGGGCGUGUUGCAGCCGUUGGUGGCGUGGGAGAGUCUGGAGGAGGGGGUGUUGAAGCCGUUGGCGGAGACGGAUUUUGGGAGUGCGCAUUUGCCGCUGAGGGAUGGGAAUUUUGCGGAGGAUUUGGAUUCGGCGAUUUAUUAGUUUGGGCUUAUCUUUUUGUUUGUGUAUGUGAUAU